AUGGAUUCAUUUGAUAAGACUGCUAUUUUAUCAGUCUACGAUAAAACAGGUUUGCUUGAUUUAGUCAAGGGAUUGAUUGAACAUAAUGUUCGUAUCUUAGCCUCUGGUGGUACUGCUCGUUUGGUUCGUGAAGCUGGUUUCCCAGUUGAAGAUGUUUCUGCUGUUACUCAUGCCCCUGAAAUGUUAGGUGGUAGAGUCAAAACUUUGCAUCCUGCUGUUCAUGGUGGUAUCUUAGCUAGAAAUUUAGAUACUGAUGAAGAAGAUUUAAAAGAACAAAAAAUUGGGAAGAUUGAUUUUGUUGUUUGUAAUCUAUACCCUUUCAAAGAAACUGUUGCUAAAAUCGGGGUCACCGUUGAAGAGGCUGUCGAGGAGAUAGAUAUUGGUGGUGUUACUUUAUUAAGAGCUGCCGCUAAAAAUCAUUCCAGAGUCACUAUUUUAUCUGAUCCAAAGGACUACCCACAAUUUUUGAGUGAGUUGAAUGCUAAAUGUGAAAUCUCCUCAGAAUUAAGAAAUAACUUAGCUUUGAAAGCUUUUGAACAUACUGCUGAUUAUGAUUCUGCUAUUUCUGAUUUCUUCAGAAAACAGUAUUCUGAAGAUAAAGCUCAACUACCUCUACGUUACGGUGCUAACCCACAUCAAAAACCAGCACAAGCUUACGUUGACAAGAUUGAAGAAUUACCAUUCAAAGUCUUAUCUGGUUCCCCAGGUUAUAUCAACUUGUUAGAUGCUUUGAACUCUUGGCCAUUAGUUAAAGAAUUGUCUGCUUCUUUGAACCUACCGGCCGCGGCUUCUUUCAAGCAUGUUUCCCCAGCUGGUGCUGCUGUUGGUAUUCCAUUGACUGACGUCGAAAAGCAAAUUUACUUCGUUUCUGAUAUUGAAAACCUAUCUCCAUUGGCAUGUGCCUAUGCUAGAGCCCGUGGUGCUGAUAGAAUGUCCUCAUUCGGUGAUUGGAUUGCAUUAUCUAACAUUGUAGAUGUUCCAACUGCUCAAAUAAUUUCAAAAGAGGUUUCCGAUGGUAUUAUUGCCCCAGGUUUUGAAGCCGAGGCUUUAGAUAUCUUAAAGAAGAAGAAAGGCGGUAAAUACUGUAUUUUACAAGUCGAUCCAAACUACGAACCUGAACUAGUAGAAACUAGAACAGUUUAUGGUGUUAACUUACAACAAAAGAGAAAUGACGCAAUUAUUAACAAGAGAACAUUUAAAGAAAUUGUUUCAAAGAACAAAAACUUAACUGAACAAGCUAUUAUCGAUUUAACAGUCUCUACAAUUGCUUUGAAAUAUACUCAAUCAAACUCUGUUUGCUAUGCAAAGAAUGGUAUGGUAGUUGGUAUUGGUGCUGGUCAACAAUCAAGGAUUCAUUGUACCAGACUUGCUGGUGAUAAGGCUGAUAACUGGUGGUUGAGACAACAUCCAAGAGUUUUGGCAUUCGAAUGGGCCAAAGGUACAAAGAGACCAGAAAAAUCGAAUGCCAUUGACCUAUAUGUUACUGAUCAAAUCCCAACUUCAGAACCAGAAAAGUCUGAAUAUGAAUCUAAAUUUGCUAAAAUCCCAGUUCCAUUAACUAGUGAAGAAAGAAAGCAAUGGAUUGAACAAUUAACUGAUGUUUCCUUAUCUUCCGAUGCAUUUUUCCCAUUCCCAGAUAACGUUUAUAGAGCAGUUAGAUCUGGUGUUAAGUACAUUACUGCACCAGCUGGUUCCGUUAUGGAUAAAGCUGUAUUCAGCGCAGCCGACUCAUUUGAUUUAGUUUACGUUGAGAAUCCAAUUCGUCUAUUCCAUCAUUAG